AUGACUUCGUCUUCAAAUAUAUUGAAUCUGCAUCAAUUUCCUUCAUCUCCUUUACUCUUCACUCCCUCCAAAUUCUCCAAAGCCAAAGGUGCACAUUUUGUGACAAGAAAAAUUGUUCUGAAACUGAGCUGUAACUGUAAUCGUGAUCUAGAAAGAGAGAUCCACAACGAGAUGUCGGGCAGAACGCCGGAAAUGAUUUACGAGCGCCGCCCAGUUUUAAUUGCAACUUUGGCUUGCAUAUUACUGUUGGGAGAUGCUCCCCCAAAAGCCCUCGCUUCCGCUUCCUCUUCAGCAUUCGUGCAAAAUGUCAUCUACUCGAACAAGAUCGCUAUUUUCUCCAAAUCUUAUUGCUCGUAUUCCCAGCGUGCCAAGAACAUAUUCAGCGAACUUCAGGAGGAACCUUUUGUAGUGGAGUUAGAUCUUCGAGAUGAUGGGUACAAGAUUCAGGAUGUUCUUUUGGAUCUGGUUGGCCGACGAACUGUCCCACAAGUAUUUGUGAAUGGCAAGCACAUUGGUGGAUCUGAUGAUCUCCAAGCUGCAGUCAGAAGUGGCCAAUUGCAGGACCUUCUCAGUAAAGCUUAA